AUGGCGUUAGUUGUUUCUAUUGUUGAGCCACCCCUGUUUCUUUGUUUUCCAGGAUCAUCUUCCAAGCUAAAUGUUGGGCUGCGUGAAAUUGUCAUAGGUAUUGCAGCUGCUGUGCUUACGAUUAUAGUAGUCUGUAUCAUAAUAUGCUGCCUUAGAAGAGAACAAUUGAGUAAGGCAUUGAUCUUUUGGAGGGCAGCAAGGAAAAACGAUGAAAAUGUCAAGGCAUUUAUAUUGAAUUAUGGUUCAUUUGCUCCCAAGCAUUAUAGUUAUUUAGAGAUCAAGAAGAUGACCAACUCAUUCAUAAACAAACUAGGGCAAGGAGGAUAUAGCAGUGUAUACAAAGGAAAGCUACCAGAUGGUAAGCUCGUGGCAGUAAAAGUUCUAAGUGAAUCCAAAGGCAAUGGAGAAGAUUUUAUUAAUGAAGUUAUUAGCAUUUGUAGGACUUCUCAUGUUAAUGUAGUCACUCUUUUAGGUUUCAGUUGUGAAAAGAACAAGCGAGCUCUAAUAUAUGAAUUUAUGCCCAAUGGAUCUCUAGACAAGUUCAUAUACCAUCGAGAUUCUUCAGCAACAAAUUGUCGUUUGGAAUGGAAAACAUUGUAUAAAAUCGCAGUUGACAUUGCUCGAGGACUAGAAUAUUUACAUCGAGGUUGUAGCACAAGGAUUCUGCAUUUCGACAUAAAACCUCAGAAUAUUCUUUUAGAUGAAGAUUUCAACCCAAAAAUCUCUGAUUUUGGCCUUGCUAAACUUUGCCAAAGAAAAGACAGCAUUGUAUCAAUGCUUGGCAUGAGAGGAACAGCAGGGUAUAUUGCCCCAGAAGUAUUUAGCCGGAACUUUGGAGAGGUCUCUCAUAAAUCUGAUGUUUAUAGCUAUGGAAUGCUUGUUCUUGAAAUGGUUGGAGGAAGAAAGAAUUUUGAUAAUGGAGUGUCCAACAGUAGCAAAAAAUAUUUUCCAGAUUGGAUUUAUAAGGAUCUUGAACUAGGUAUGGGUGGAAGAACAUAUGGGGUCAUGACAGUGGAGGAAAAAGAGACAACAAGGAAGAUGAUACUGGUGAGUUUAUGGUGCAUUCAGACAAAUCCAUCCGAUCGACCAUCCAUGAAUAAGGUGGUAGAGAUGUUAGAAGGAACCCUUCAUUCCUUACAAAUUCCUCCAAAGCCUUUCUUGUGUUCCCCUAAAGGGUCACCAAUAGAUUCUUCCACAACUUCGUAA